UUUGAUUCGUGUUCUGAAGCCUCUAGCCACGAUGAUUCCAGCUGACAUUCCCAAUAACUCGCCCAUUGAGGAAGUGAGGAACACGAUUCCGGCCACCGACGACCCGACGCUCCCGAUCCUAACAAUAAGGACAUGGGUGUUGGGGCCACUCGUGUGUGCCGUCACGUCUUUCAUGUACCAGAUUUCCUCGUAUAGGAGGAGCCAGAUGUGGGUCAGUGAGUCAUGCGCCCAAAUUUUGCUGCUUGUCAUGGGGAGACUAAUGGCCUCCACUCUUCCUGCCAAGAUCGUGGGGAUCCCGGGAACAAACUGGAAGUUUUCUCUCAAUCCGGGACCAUUCAACAUCAAGGAGCAUGCGCUGCUGGUCAUCCUCGCCACGACAGGAUUUGAAUCUAUGAAGUCCAUAGCGACCAUCGAUGCCAUCAAGGUGGUAUAUCACAAGAAUAUAAGUGUUUGGGCUUCCAUUUUGAUGGUCAUGACAUCUCAGAUGAUGGGGUAUGGUUUUGCUGGACUGUUCAGAAGGAUUCUUGUUGACAAUCCUUACAUGUGGUACCCCUUAAUAGUACCGAAAGUAUCUUUCUACAGAGCCCUCCAUGACAAAGAACCGAGAGCUAGAGGCCGGCUCAGCGGAUUCCAAAUUCUCAUUGCCUGUGCUGUCUGUGUCUUCGCCUAUACCAUCGUUCCCACCUACUUCAUGCAAACUAUCAUUGCGGUCUCAUUCGUCUGCUGGAUCUGGAAAGAUUCAGUCACAGCGCAUCAACUCGGUGCAGGUUACAAUGGUCUUGGGCUCGGUUCUUUUGCCAUUGAGUGGGAAUCGGUUACAGCUUGGGUGGGCAACCCUUUGAUCUUGCCUAGGUUCACGAUCGUGAACACACUGAUCGGGUUCGUGCUUAUAAUGUACGUGUGCAUACCAGUUGCUUAUUGGAUGAAUCUGUUCGAUGCGAAGAGGUUCCCGAUUUUCGCUCAAAAAUCAUAUGAUUAUUCGGGAAAAAUGUACAAUGUGGAACGGGUUUUUGGAAAAGACUUGGAAUUUAACGAGCAGGCGUACAACGAGUAUUCAAAGUUGUACAUGAGCAUCUCAUACGUCUUCAAACUGGGAUUCACAUUUGCUGCACUAACCGGAACAUUGACUUAUUUUCUUCUGUUCCACGGAAGGGAGAGCUGGCAGCAGCUGAAGCAGUCAAUGAAAAGCGAGAGCCAGUCCGGCGACAUUCACAAUGAGCUCAUGAAGAAGUAUGAGCCGAUCCCUCGAUGGUGGUUCUACUUGAUUGUCGUUUUGAUGGUCGGCCUCGGCAUUGUCAAUUGCGAAUUGUUUGGCAAAGAAUUCCAACUUCCGACUUGGGCAUUUCUACUUUCCUUGGCUAUACCACUCAUCCUCAUUCUUCCCCUGGGCAUCAUUGAAGCCACCACCGGCAGUUACCUCGGAUUAUCGGUCAUCUCGGACUUGAUCAUCGGCUAUUUAUAUCCGGGGAGGCCUAUAACCAGCGUCACUUUCCCAUCCUACGUGCAAAGCACUAAGAUGCACGCCAUCACGUUUAUAGCCGAGUUCAAGCUAGGACAUUACAUGAAGAUCCCACCGAGAUCUAUGUUCCUCGUUCAGAUCUUCGGCUCGCUCCUCUCCAGCUCCGUCAAGCUCGGGACAGCAUGGUGGGCCCUGACGUCGGUGGAGAACAUAUGCGACGAGGGCAAGCUGCCGAUGGGGAGCAUGUGGACGUGCCCCGGGAUCCAGCAAACCCUGACCCACACCAUGAUAUGGGGCGGCGUCGGGCCGGCCCGGAUGUUCAGGCCGGGGGCCUACGAGGGCAUCUACUACUUCUUCCUGGCGGGGGUGGCCGGCCCCCUGGUGGUGUGGCUCGCGGCCCGCGCCUUCCCAGGAAGGAAAUGGAUCCGGCUCAUCAACUUCCCGGUCAUCUUCAUGUCGGCCUCAUUCCUGAUGCCGGCCAGGCCGGUGCACUACUGGACGUUCUUCACGGCGGCGGCGGCGUACCACUUGGUGGCCCGGAGGUUGGCGAAGGGGUGGUGGGCCCGGCACGUCUACGACGUGUCCAAUGGGCUGGACCUCGGGAGCGCCUUCUUCGGGGUGCUCCUCGCUCUGUGCUUCGGUUUUUCCGAUAUACGGGGGCCGUACUGGUCGGGCAGGGACUUCAACGAGUUCUGUCCCCUGUCUAAGUGUCCGACCGCGCCGGGCGUCGUCCAGAAAAACUGCCCCGUCGUCUAAAGACCGCCUGACUUAGAAUUUCAACGCACGGGUCUAAGGCCAUAGCUUUUCU